CCGUUAAUGUUAAAGACAGUGAUGAGGGCGAGUGGAUUAAAAGCAACACAGCCUGAUUCGACCCAGUGGGACCCGUGUACGGACCUGUCUCUGUAGCCAGUUGUGUAAUUUAUUAUGGUUCUGGUUUUCAUAAUAACUUAGCUGUCUUAUACCGGUUAGAAGACUCGCGGUUUUCCUGGAGUAGCAUUACAGCUGGGAUAUGGAGGGUGACGGGGCGGAUAUGAGCCAGUUGUCCGAAGAUGAGCUGCUGAUGCUGGGGAAGGAGGAUCUGAUCUGGAGGCUGAGGAGGCUGGAGAGCCGCAACAUGGAACUUAUGUUGGAGCACGGAAACAUGAUGAAGGACGUGAACCGGCGCCUGCAGGUCCACCUUCACGAGAUCCGGAGUCUGAAAGAGGUCAACCAGAAACUGCAGAACGAUAACCAGGAGCUCCGAGAGCUAUGCUGCUUCCUGGACGACGACCGACAGAAGGGGAAGAAGGUUUCGCGGGAGUGGCAGCGGUUCGGCCGUUACACGGCUGGCGUCCUGUGGAAAGACGUCGGACUGUACCAGCAAAAGCUGAAGGAGCUGGAGGCCAGUCAGGAAGCGCUGAGGACGGAGAACAUGGAGCUGAAGGAAAUCGUUAUCAUGCUAGAUGAGGAGAAGAGCGGAGCCGGCUCCCGGAGCUCCAUUGACAGUCAGUCCAGCAGCCUGAGCAACCUGAAUGGCUUGGUGUCGAUUCGAGACGUCGGGGAUGGUAGUAGCACGUCCAGUACCGGGAGCGCUGGUAGUCCUGACCACCACCCUUACGACCACUUACACAAAGCACAAGAAGGAAAGAUAGCACCUCUAAGAAGGUCUAUGGAUGACCUGUCCGCACCCCACUUCCAGAGAGGCACUGGGCUCAGCGAUGCAUCAGUCAGCUACAUCAGACAGCUGGAGACAAAGGUGAGGAUGCUGGAGGACGAAAACAAGCAACUCCUGUCACAGGGUGCUGCUCAGACCCCCAGCAGUGAACCCUCCCCUACAGGGCUCUACUUCCCCCCAGGGCAGAAACCAGAGGCAGUAGUCCACGCAAUGAAGGUGCUGAAGGUCCAUGAGAAACUGGACAGGCAGAACUCACAGGAACAUGAUGAAGAUCUCAGUGAGAAAGAGAAGGCCAUCGUCAGAGAGAUGUGCAAUGCUGUUUGGAGAAAGCUGGGUGAUGCUGCCAGCUCCAAGCCGUCCAUCCAACAGCAGCUCUCAGGAAGCCAUUUCAAAGUGCCCUCAUAAUGAUCCAGUGGUCCUAGCAGACCUUCUGUCCCAUUUUGGACUUGAGGCUAUUCAGACCCACACUGGAAGACUGUGGCUGUCACAAACAAGAACAGCCAGUCUCAUACAUAGACUGUAUGGAACCAUCAUACCUACCAUCAUCUUGGAAGCAGAAAAUCUAAACUUGAGAAAUGUGGACAAAGCCUGGUUGGAGCUACAACACAAGUGGCAGUCGCCAUGGCUGAGUGUGGUAAGGCUGAGACACCUGUCAAUCAAGUAAACAAUCAAAAAUUUAAGCCUUAAUCCUCAGUGGGUCAAUAAUUCUCACAUAGAAACCUGAAACAAAACACUGAGAAUGGUGAGGAAAAAAUAGUUUUUUGGGUUUUUUUUUAGGAGAGCUGUUGAAGGUUUUACGAACUGACUUCAGUGUGGUCAAAUUUUAAAGCAGCCAUUAGAAGAUUUGCAACUUAAGGCACUUUUGCGUUGAUUUCAUCACUCAGCUGUGGUGGCUGCCACCUCCUGACAGAGAAGACAGGACCAAAUAGCAGCCGAUGGUCCUGGAAGGGUGUGCUCCAGAAACCAUACAUUCACACAUCAAGUCAUCCACUCUGCAGGGGCUGCUGUCUGUGUCUCCAUAAAGAAAAGGAAACAAAGUAUUUAAACAGCUCAUUAAGUUUUUUUCCUGCUUUGAUUAUUCCUUUUACUUAACUAAUGAAUUAGGCUGAGCUGCCAUCAAAAUUUUUAUUUCCUGAAAAUUAUUAGAUUGGACUUUUUGGUGGUGGUGUUUACAGUGUGAACACACAGAAAGAACUGAAAAAGUUCACUUCAUCAAAACCAAGAAGACAGAACCUAGUUGUGGGUCACAAACUUCAGUUUGUUUUAAAGUUUACAUGUUGAUUAGCAUGUUGAACAACAAUUGUGACAUGCAAGUUAUCUUAUGAGCAAAGCAUGAACAAAAGUUCAUGUACCUUCUUCUGUCAGGCUUACAUUUAAACAGCAAAAUCACACUUGCAUGCACUAACACUGCUUGCACUUGCUUCUGUAACUUCUGUCACAAUCAGACCACUCUGAAUAUGAGGAAUGUCUCACACACACGGUGUAUGUACAUGAACACAUAAAAUUUUCAUAUUUUCAAGAUGACAAUUUACUUUCCUUCAUUUUUAACUUUAGACCACAGAAGACAGUAUUUUUGUUCUUGUUUUGUCUGCAGUGUUUCAAUAAAGCACUUUUGGAUCAAACUGAUUUUAAUAGCUACAGAACAGUGAUCAGUGUGGUCAUCAAACGUCAUGUAAGUGUUACUUAGGCAGCUCAUAGAGUUAGCAGAUACACAGGGAGACUAUGCACCGACUGAAUAAAUGAGCUGCUUAAGUUUCCGUUGUCAUGAAGACCAGUGAGCCUUUGUUGUUUGGGUUCAGUAUACAGAGCAUGCAAAAUGCAGUUAGUCUAACUACUGAACAAGGGGCUAAAACUGCUAUCAGUGUUUUUCUGUAACAACAGGAAUCUGAUCUAAAAGACAAUUUCAUGGAAACAGCAAGACCGAUAUCCACGUCACAUCUGUUGGUCUAAUAUAGAGACAGGACAAGUUUGGUCAGGUGCAGCACAAAACCAUGGAAGCAAAGAGAUAGUAUCCCUCUAUCAUAAGUGCCAAACUUUUUGGGUCUAAAACUGUCUCAUUCCCAUGGUGUAUCUUGUUUGCUAGUAAGGUAGCCAUCAAUGCACCCUGUGUAACAGUUAAGAAGUACCUUCACCACUACCUGACUUUAAAAUAACAAAUUUCUUUGAAUACAUACACCAAUCAGGCAUAGCAUUAUGAACACACCUGUUAUUGGGUGGGAUAUAUUAGGCAGGGGGUGAACAUUUUGUCCUCAAAGUUGAUGUGUUAGAAGCAGGAAAAAUGGGCGAGCAUAAGGAUUUGGGCAAAUUUGACAAGGGCCAAAUUGUGAUGGCUAGACAACUGGGUCAGAGCAUCUCCAAAACUCCAGCUCAUGUGGGGUGUUCCCAAGUCUGCAGUGGUCAGUGUCUAUGAAAAGUGGUCCAAGGAGGGAACAGUGGUGAACCAGUGACAGGGUCAUGGGCAGCCAAGGCUCACUGAUGCACAUGGGGAGCGAAAGCUGGUGAUGUGGAUUUUUCAGGCUAGGCUGUAGACCCAGCUGAGGGCCAGUUGAAGCUGAGUCCAAGUCCGGCCGAGUCCCCACACCAUCUUUUACUCUUCAUUCUCUAAGUCUUUUUCUUCCCAAAAAACUUCUAAGAGUUCAAUUCUUCUUUUUAAAAGAAACACAAAGAGGCACAUGUUAAGCACUAGAGACCAGGGAAGUUGAAUUCAUAGAGCUUUAUUCUUCAAUACAGGAGUCAAAAACCCGAGCUCUCCAGUGGAGACGACUGACUUUUACCAUGUGUGCAACACUUUUUAUAUUGUAAAUUGUAGUUGUGUUACAGCACAUGGCCUUUACACAUGACCAGUGGAAGACUGUUGAUCAGGUUCAAGGACAGGUCUGGGCGGAACUGGGUCCACUCCUUUCCAUCUCCCCUCGCCUGGCUGGUGUGCUGUCCGCCUGCACCAAACCGUGUGUUCAUCCCAUCUUCCCUCCCUUGUUUGUUGCAGGUGUGAGCUCAACGGCUGCCUUCUUCUUAUCUCAUAUCAGCCACACUUGGUUUUCCAUGGUAUAUGGGAUGUUAUUGACUCAUUUUCUUAAAAAAAACUUUCCAAACUAUUCUCUAUUCUUUAAUAAAUGAAGGGUUGCGUAGCUAAUUAUAUUAAAGUGAAAUAUGCUGUAAUUCUGUAAUUCAUUUUCAAGAAGAGAAAAGAAAAUACAUCAGUGGAUUAGUCUACAAAUUUGCAAAGGGAGCUUUGUUGAAAACCUUUUUACUCCAUUAUACACCAAACCGCUGUAGAAAGCAUAAAGUGAUUGAAGAAUGUUUAAAUGUGGAAAAAUAACUGAAAAUUUUCAUGUUCAAAGAAUGUUAAAACGAUGUUUAAAGUUAUGUUCAAAGAAUGUUAAAAUGUUGAAAAAUAAUUUAAAAUGUUCACAUGGUGACAUUCAAAUGCAUUGCUUCUUUUGUCAUUGAGUUAUUAGUGGUGAAAUAUUCCUCUGUGACAAAGUAUUUUAGAAAAAGACUAAAAAAAAGCUGUUUGUAAAUACAUAUUUCCCAUGGGUUACCACUGAGUAGCAUGCUGUUACAUUUUUGAAUAAGACUAAGUAUGUAGCUGAAAAAGUAUUUUAGCAAUAUAGCGAUAAAAAAACACUUAGAUCAUUUUGAAAUAAAAUUGACAUAUUAAUUCUUUGUAAACCUGUGUCAACAUUGAAUGCAGAGAAUGUGUGAAGAAUCAAAGCUUGAUAGUAAACAUGGG